UCUAUAGGUGUCACAUGCAAUGACAGACUCUGGCUCUGGAUCAUCAUUGAUGCCCCUGAGAGGCAUUCUGAAGAAUUCUCAUCCAUCUGAUGAACCAGAGCUUUUAGUUCACAAUCCCGACUGCCCCCUGCACUGCCAGUCCUCCCCAGUGCCCCUGACCCAGCUGCAGUGCCACCUCAGCCUUGGUUCCAACUCAGCAUCACUAUCCGACCCAAGCAUGCCCCUCAAAGGCAUCCUCAGGACCAGCAUCAGCUCUGGGGUGACGGAAACACAGAAAGAUUGUAACAGUUCUAAAUUUCGGAAGAGACAGAGAUGGGACGAGGGCAGCAUCCUAGCCACUAGCUGUCACUCCUGGCUGAUGCCUGUGUCAGGGAGAAAGGAUGUCAAACCUGGGCCUCAUCUGUGUAGUGUCACCAUGUUGGAUGGAGGUGCAGGCACCAGUACAUCAGGAGAACAGAUAUGUCUGUGUAUGAGUAAGAGGAAGAAGAGCCAGAGCUGGAAUGAGAUGAGUAUUAUGGCCACUCAGCCUCCCUACACAGACAACCCCUGGAUGAAGGCAGAUGAUGGGUUCACUGCCUCUGUGGCAUGGCAGUCCCUGUCCCUCAGGGAUGAGGCAGGACCCAGCCACAGCACUACCAGCACCUCUUACAGCCAGCCUCCGUGGUCUCCUCUGAAGCCUGGGAAGAAUUCAUCAGCCUCAAAUCAGUAUCCAAACCGAAACCAAUUAGACCAACCUAAGGACACCUCACAACACGGGAUGAUGGGCCCGUCAAAGCAGGCAUUAGAGGCAAAGGCUAUGGCCACAGAGGAGAGUGCAGACAUAGAUCUCUACGUGAGACCCAGCUUUGAGCAGCUGAGGAAAGCCCACUUCAGAGAAGACAAAGAGGUGCUCCUGGCUCGGAGAUCCAUAGUCAAAGAUGAUGAUGAGGAUGACGAUACGGAGAAUACGGAUUACACUAUCCCCAAGCUAAACUAUUGCAGCUGCACCUCCAGUGGUGGGGGAUAUACAGCACCGAUGAGCAAGCGGUCACAGACAGGCGAGUUGCACACAUGA